CUGGUUGUCAAGAUGGCGGAGCUGUUGGAUCUAAAGGGACAGCGGCUCGAAAGUUUUUACGUAUGGUAAACCCAGGUAAAUCAUAAAUUAUAUACAUACAAGUAGAAGCUACUGGGUGAAGAAAGAGUAGUGAACGAAGUAUUUUGCAACAAUAGCAAAAUGUAUUAUUGAAACUGGAGCGUGCUAGUAGUAGUAACAUCUAUUCUGCAAGGCUGUGGUGGAGGUUAGCUAUUUUGAAUAUGAUAACCCGUUUUAUAAAUGAAUUCAGCGAUCCCUAAACCCGGUUUGAAUGUGGAUUCGGGCAGUCUCUGCACACCUGUCGCCACCUUGUCGGUGGGGGAAUGAGAAUGCAUGUUCAAAGGGCCAGCUCUUACUCAAAUACAAAGAUACAGCAUGACGGGGAUUUGGAAGACGAUCGUCAAGCCUUGGUGGAGGAGCAGAAAGCAAGUCGAGCCCGGGCUCGUCAGUUCUCUUCGGAAACAAAUCGCAGAAGACGAAUUCUGGAGGAGAGGCGAAAAGAAGAAGAUGUGAGGGAGCAGAGAGUGAGGGAAGACAUCCUCCAGCAGAGGAAACAGAGAGUACAAGAGGCGACAGAGAGGUUUCAGAGAGCACAUCUCCCUCCAGCACAGAGAAAGAGACAAGUUUAUAGAAAACAAACACCUCGAUUAGAAGAAGCCCUUGAACAGAUCCAAGGAUCUUUUUCGUCCUCCUCUCUUUAUUCUCCAAUCAACUUGAGAAACCCCACCAAUAACAGGAUCCACUCUUCAUCUCCAAACUCUUCAGCAGUCUCGAGCAAUUCUCGCUACCAGAAGCAGCUGUCAGCAGCAGUGGCCUACGCCAAACUGAUGCAGGAGAAGAGCGGCACCAACCUCAUGAACAGCCAGCUACUGUUUCAGCAUGAGCUGCAGGAGACACAGCGCCUCCUGGCAGAGCAGCAGGAUUUUCAACAAGAAGUCAGACAGCUUGGACAAUCUGAAAGCUUAUCUAGCCUGGACAGCUUGGAGAAUGAAGAGCAGAGCUAUACCUCUACGGCAAAUUGCCAACGUCCAUUUUAUACUUCUCCAGAGGACCAUGCAUCCAACAAUUACAGACGACCUCAGUCGCCACGGAAGCACCUUAGUGGUAUGUCCUCUGCAGCUGAGAUGCUGUUCUCUAAAACUGAGAGCCAUGAUCUGUGGAACCAGCACAGUUGGACGUCUGCAAACUGUCAGACACAUCCAUUAUCAAACACAACUAAUGAAUCAAUUAUUAACAAGUGUUUGAACAGUAAACGGCAACAAGAAACAACUCAGAACAGAAGAGACGCCCACAUUGAUCAUCAGUGUCCCAAUGCUAAAGAAUCCUUUUACAAUGACCACAUUCCUUUAGCCCUAAAUACAAAUGUUAGUUGUAAUCCAUGUGGGCCUGAACCUAGACUUACAACAGCUGUACAGGACAAACUUGAAAGACACAGUGAUUUAGUUAAGGGUGGUCCGACAGUUACACCGAGUAAAGCUUGGUCUACCCCAGAUCCAACACCAAGAGAAACUCUAAUUUCAACACAAGACGGUCAACCUGAGUCAAUACAGCAGAUCAGGAAUCCGUCCGUGCAUUUCUCAUCCCAGCCUAUUGCAACCCCAGUGAUUUUACCUUCCAGCCAUUCUAAAAGUGAGGCAGAUACAAACAACACCUCUGCACCCCCCAGCACUUUACAGGAGACCAUAAAUCAUACAGAAAGCACUCAUGUAAAACCAGUUGACAAAGUUACUCCCAAUCAUUGCACAAAGGGUAAUGAAAGCAGUCCUGUCACUGCCAAGAAGAGCAGUGUUGGAACAGCCAAUUAUGGAUUAAAAAGUGAAAAAGUUAAUGAUGCAGACACCCCUGAUCAUGUACCCAAGUCAUUCCAGGUUAAAAAUAAUGAUACUCCCACUGCUGGUGAGCAAAAGAUGCAGCAAAUAAGAACAGACAAAUCACCAUCCUCUUCCAGUUCAGUCCACAGCAAGUUAAAUAGUGCUGUUUCUGAGACAAAGAAUGAGAAGAAGGUAAUUAAGGGCAUACUCAAAAAACAGUCAAAGUAUGUGACCCUCAAUGCUGGCAGUGUUGUUUUUGGAAAACAAAUUGGGGUAUCUAUCAGGGACAGCGUUGAGCUAACAAAACAGAAAGAGAAGGAAUCAGAGAAUGUCAAGACUAAGAAAAAACUGAAGUGGUUUGAUGAAAUUGAUCAAGGUAAUGAAGACGAGGAGGAGAUGGGAGAAGAUGAGGAACUAGCCAACCAGAAUCAAGCUAAGAACUCCCAAAUUAAAAGCAAUCUUAAUAACCCAUCAGCUGCUGCAAAACAUCAUCAGGGUCAGUUCCAGACUGCUACCAUGACAACAACCCCUGAGGUGACCCAGGUCAUGACUUCUGUGGCUUCCACUGGUUAUCAUUUCACUAAACAAGCUUGGGCAGACUCCAAGGGUCAGGACAGUAAGCUGCAGGAACAGAACGAGGCUAGUCCACGGAAGGGAAGGCAGAAGGUACCAAGAAGAGCUCGAUCAGCCAGGGCUCGGCUGGGCAGUGCUGCCAGCAAGACCAGAAAGGGCACCAUUUUCAGGCCGCAAUCUGCUGGCGAAGCUGUCAAUGUUGUUAAAUCACAGGGUAAAAUCUUAGUACCUCACCCCCCACCCAAGCUCCUUCCUUCUGCGGACAGGCUGCUUGUCACCAGAAAUGGGGAGACAGUCAUUAAGCCCCCCAGGUCACUUUAUACAGACAUUUACUCUGGUAACAAAGGAAGCAUGCCUGUGGAACAUGCCUCAUACAAAAACAUUCCAGAUGGCUGUUCUCUGCCACAGGGUAAUUCCUUCACCAGCAGUGCUGUCACCUUCACACCAUUCCCACCUUCCUACACAGUCUCAGCCUACGAGACUGUCACCAAGGCCACCUACUUGGCCAACACUGUAGAGGCAGUGGACGAGCAAGAGGGCUUGCACAGUGCUCUCAGACGGGGUCCGGUCUAUGGAGAGAACGGUCUGCGUGUGGACCAUACACCCACGGAUGAGGAGAUCACAAAGCUGUGGCAGGGUGUCCGCAGUGCACUGACAUCCAAGGAUGAUGACUCUCAGAGCUUUGCUGCUCACAAUGGUCUUUUGUCUAACCUGCAUCAACCUCGACCCAGUCUAUCCCAUUUUACCAUUGAUGGCGGUAGCCUGAUGAAUGGAGUCAAGUCGGUCACUAGAAUGGGUGGAUUUUUUGUUUCUCCAUCAAAUUCUGCUGUCAACAGGAGAAAACAGAUCAUGGACAGUAAUGGGACUAAACACAGAGCUCUUCUGGAGCAAAGAAGACAGACCAUAGGUUCUGCUACCAGGAAGCCAGCUCUCAAUGGACAGGGAUCUGUAAGGACUGUCCAGAUCAGUCCAUUCCCAAGCAACUUUGAACCAGCAAGCAUGUUGAACCCUGAUCAAGUUUCUGAGAGCACAGCCCAGUUCCUGCUGGCAGAAAACCUGGCACAUACCUCCACUGCGGACGGUGAGAUCCUGGCUGCCAUGGAAACGGUGCAAACACAGAAACACACGUUCCUGCAGCACCGGGCCCAGCAUCUGGGCCUCAGCGCAUUGUCCCUGGAGGAACAGAAACUCCUUCAGUCGCUGGACCGCCUCAACCACAGGCUGCUGAACGUACAGGAUGCUUAUGGAGGGAAUCCAUCUGCGACAGGAGUUUUGCAGAUUACUUCUCCUUUCGUUAUAAACCAGGGUGUCGCAGCAGGCCCGGCAGCUCGGCCCGGAGAGAUAUCUAUUGCAGCCCGGUACAGAAACCGAAGUGCCUCUGCUGACAAUCGCACACGAUCACAGAGGCGAUAUUGAGACAACUGCAAGCAGUGCUCAUCGGUAUCAAAUUUUAACUUCCACUGAAUCCGGUAUUAAGGACGGUAGUACCUAUAUGGAAGGACCAGCUGUAUAUUUACCCUGCAGAUGAAUCCCCAUAUAUUAAAAGGUCUGACUGUGUUUGUGGUUAUUAAAAACUGCAUUAUAAUAAAGCACUUUACUUUUUAAAAUUAUCUUUAAAUUACAAAUACAAAAUUAAAAACUGUAAUACUAAUGUUGUUUGCAAGUUUGGGAAAUACUGUAUUUGACAGAUAGUAACUUGUUCUUUGCCUAAACCAUCCAAAAAAUAGCAAUAAUGUUUAUAAAUAAGCCAAAGUCUACGUCUUUUGAUUGCCUGGGUUCUUUCUAGCCUUGGAAGGUACAAGAUACACUGUAAAACAUGUGCACCCUGCUUUUCAUUUAUAUAGUACAAGUACAAAUAUAUAUUUUUGAAAGAUAUUUUAUCUAGCAUUUGUUUAAAAAGUAAGCUUUUUGAUAUCUGAUCAUUUUUAUGUACAUUAAAAUACAGAUGGAUUGUAGAAUUGCUUUCUGUGCAAUAAUUGUGUAAAUAAUUGAGUCGAUUUUUAAGUGUUACCGUUUGUAGUGUAAUAACCUAAAAAAAAAAAAAAAGCCAUUUGACAAUUCAAUAUACAAUAAAACCUAGGGUUACCAUCAUUUGAACAGUGCGGUCACCUGCAGUUACCAGACAGAAGUUUGUUUUUUCUUCCAUAUUCAAGUGAAUGACAGCAGCAUCUUGAAUAAGCAGUCACCUGUGUUAAACAGUCACACAUGUUCAGUCCCUUUGGUGAUUCAGAUUUUGACGUUAGGUUUAAAGAGAAAGUAGCGGGGUUCUAAUAAAUACAGCGUUAUACGUCUCCACGUGUUGCUACAACUGUUAAAAUAAC